AGGAUGACGAUUUUUUUUUAAAUAAUCAUUUUUUUCAAAAAUAAUUUAAAAAUAAUCACAAUUUCAAAAUAUUUAUUAAUAUAAUAAUUUUUCAAAAUAAAAAUGAAUUCAGACGUCAUUGUAAUUGUCGCAUGCAUGGAAAAUGUAAAAGCAUGCGCCAAUUGCAAAAUAUAGGAGCAUGCGUCAAUUGACGCAUGAAUGUAUAGGAGCAUGCGCCACUGCAAUUGGCGUAUGCAAGUGGUUAUUAUUUAUUUUUUUACAUGCAUACGUCAAUUGCAGUGACACAUGCUCUUAAAUUUUACAUGCAUGCAUCAAUUGCAGGGACACAUGCUCCUACAUUUUACAUACAUACGUAAAUUGGAGUGAUGCAUGCUCUUACAUUUUACAUGAAUGCGCCACUGCAUGCUCUUACAAUCAUGGUUAGUUUGAUAAAUAAAUUAAAGAUAUGAUUAUUUGAUAUAGAAUUUAAAAAAGUUGAUUAUUUUAAAAAGAUAAAUCUGAGAAUGGCGCUUCUCACUAUUUUCUUUCCAUAAUUUUUUUAAUAAGAAAACACAAAUAAGUUAAAAAUAGAAGUGUUUAAAUAUUAAAUAAAAAUAUCAAAUUAACAAAAUAAGUAUUACUAUUUCAUUGUGCAAACUUGUCUAAAAAAAGUUGAGAUUAUUAGUGCUAGUAAUCAACUAGAAAUAGCAUGUGAAACAAGGAUCUCAACAUCCAAUGGUAAGUUUGUCUCUCGCUUGCAUUCUUCUCCUUCAUUGGAAUCACCUCCAUUUCCAACAUUAAUUUCGAUAUUCAUUUCCUCACUUUUGUUAUUUAUAAAUCGAAUGCAUCUCCAAUUUUACGUGCAUGCAUGUGUAAGAUCACAGAAAACUUGAACAAUGAGGAAAUCCGGUGGUAGAAGUAAAAAAGAUAAAGUUGGAACCCCGAGUUCCGAUUCGCAACCGAAUUCUCCAUCGUCACCAAACACCGCAUUCAAGCCACGCCCAGGAUCACAUAAGCCUGAACAGAUUUCACCUCACAAGCCCAAGCCUGAACAGGUUUCACCUCUCAAGCCCAAGCAUGAACAAAUUUCACCUCUCAAGCCCAAGCCUGAACAGGUUUCACCACACAAGCCCAAGCAUGAACAGGUUUCACCUCUCAAGCCCAAGCCUGAACAGGUUUCACCAUACAAGCCCAAGCAUGAACAGGUUUCACCACACAAGCCCAAGCCUGAACAGAUUUCACCUCUCAAGCCCAAGCCUGGACAGAUUUCAUCUCUCAAGCCUGAGCCCAAGCCUGAGCCUGAUUCCUCAAACGAACAUGUUACGAUUGCGUCGAGACAGUUGAAGCUUGUUUACGAACAUGACAUAAGGUUAGGCGAAAUGCCAAUAAAUUGCAGCUUCAGAUUAUUAAGAGAUUUAGUGAAGAAGAAAUUUCCAAUGUCGAAUUCAGUUUUGAUAAAGUACAGAGAUGAUGACGGUGAUUUGGUUACUAUAACCUCCACAGAAGAACUCAGAUUCGCAGAAUCUACCGUCGAUAAAGCCUAUUCAAUUGGAACUCUGAAACUAAAUAUCAUCGAAGUUAGUCCCGAAAUGGAACCACGUUUGUUAGAUGAAAGAGAAGAAAAAGAAAAACCUCUAGAUUGUGUUUUGGAUGAAAAAAAUGGCACAACUGAAAGCAAGAAAGUCGUAGAGAAUGUAGAGGUUGAUGAUUGGCUAUACGAAUUCGCUCAGUUAUUUAGGUCGUAUGUUGGUAUCAAUGAAGCUAUUGAUUUCCACGAGUUAGGGACGGAGUUUUGUUCAGAGGCACUUGAAGAUAUAGUGACCUGUGAUGAAGCUCAAGAUUUGUUUUACAAAGCUGAAUUUAAGUUUCAAGAGGUUGCUGCAUUGGCGUUUUUCAAUUGGGGAAAUGUCGACAUGUGUGCUGCUAGAAAGUUUGUUAAACUAGAUGAGAAUGAGAAUGAGGUUCUGGUAAUGAAAGAAUCAGAGUUUGAUUUCGUCAAGGAAAAGUACUAUUUAGCGCGAGAAAAGUACGAAAGAGCGGUGGUGAUUAAACCUGAUUUUUACGAAGGAUUAUUGGCUAUUGGACAGCAACAAUUUGAACUGGCUAAGCUUCAUUGGUCAUUUGGUCUGGUGAAUAAGAUGGAUUUAGGUAAAGAGACGCUGCGGCUUUUUGAUGUCGCCGAGGAGAAGAUGAUGGCUGCGAGCGAUAUGUGGGAGAGGUUGGAAGAAGGGAAACUUGGUGUGCAAGGAAGUGUUGGUAUGAGAUCACAGAUUAAUCUUUUUUGGGGGAACAUGUUGUUUGAAAGGUCUCAAGUGGAGUUCAAAUUGGGAAUGAGGGAUUGGAAGAGAAAACUGAAUGCUUCCGUUGAGCGGUUUAAGAUUGCGGGAGCUUCUGCCGAUGAUGUUUCGACGAUUUUGAAGAAGCAUUAUUCCAAUGCAAGGGACGGAGAAGUGAAGGGAUCGCCAAGAACACAGAAUGUAAUCAAAAUGAUGAAAUAGAGACGGAUAAUCGAGGUUGAACUUGAAGCUUUUCGACAAAUUUUCUCGGUAAUAUAAGGAGAUUAUUUCUGAUAAUUAUAUUCUGCAGUAGAGUUUGCAAUAAUCAUUUUUACACCACAAAUAUUAGUCUAUUGUUCAUGUUCUCUUUCUAUAUCAUAUGAAUGUGUUGUUACAAUGUGUUAAUUCCAUGCUAUCU